UCAGGGCUCUUUUUUAAUCAUCAAAAAUUAGUUAUUCUUAUUAAAAAUAAUACUAUAAGCAGCUGUUUUUUGAACCAUUUUUUAGCAAAUUUUAAAAUGAUCACCAAAGACCGCUACAAUUUCGAUUAAAGAUUUAACUAAAUUGCAGAAAGGGUUCUUUCUUUAAAUGGAGUUAUUCCAAGAUAAGUUUAAGACAAUAACACAAUAUUGAAGCCAUCUAAUUUUGAAUAAUACUAAAUGAUGAGUGAUCCAGACUAUGAAUUGCUUAAAUAAGCUAAUUUCAUGACUGACUCGAUGCCAAAUAAUUAAAUUAAUUCCUAAGCAAAUAUCUUUAAUGUAAAUAAUCCUAUUUCCUAGCCAACUGUACCUUAAUAGUAGUACCAAAAUCCAUUAAGCUAUUCUAUGAAUUUUAAUUAGAAUUAAGCUAAUAAAUAUCCAAAUAAUGUAAACUAGAGCUAUUCAACUCCUUAAAAAUAGUCAUUUAAAAAGAAAGAAAAUAUUAGAGAAUAGAUAAGCAAUUUAAAUAAGGAUCAGCUAGAUUAAUAUUUAAAACAAAAUAUUAUGUAAAUGAAUCGACCUGAUAAUAUUCUGAUAAAUGAUAAUAUUGACCCAGAAAACGAUGAUUAAAUAUAAGAGGUUAAUAAUUAAUAAGAAAAUAUUCAACCAGAAAGAUAAUUAAAAAGAAAUCAAUCUACUAGUUUAUAAGCUGGUGAAAUGAUUCUUUAGUAACAAAAAAUGUUUGAAGCAUUAUAAUAAUAGCAGUUUUAAUUCUAAUAAGAACUCAUGCUUAGAUAGUAAGAAAUGGAAUAUGAAAGAAGAAGAAGAAAAUUGAAAAAAUAAUAAGAAAAAGAAAUGUAAUAAAUUUUAGAACCUUUAAUUAAAACUUAACAGCAAUUAAUGGAAACAUUAAUUUAAAAAAUAGAGCAAAAAUAAAAUAAUAGUUAAAAUUUUAAUUAACUUAAAUACCAGGAAGAUGCCCUUGCAAAGGAAUUAGAGUAUAGGAAAAAGAUAGCUUAAUAGCAGCAUGAAAUCUAGCUAAAAAAAUUAGAGUAAGAAAGAAUUAUUUCCCAAUAAAAUUUACAACUUCAAACUAUGAUGAUGCCAAAUUUAUUAAAUUUAUAUUCUCAAACCCCUUUUAAUUAAAUGAACCCUAUGAUGAAUAAAAGUAUUAACCCAAAUCUAGCAGCAGCUCCCUAUAAUAUGUAAUCUCCUUUUGCAUAGCUUCCAUAGCAGGGUUAAUAAAAUAAUCUCCCUAAGUUUGGAGAUAUCCCUUAAAAAUUAUUUACUAAUCCUAAAUCAAAUGGAGAUUAACUUAUAGAAGAAUUUCUUAGAGAUAUGAAAAAGUGA